AUGGCGCAGUACUCGGGCAUGGAUAUAGACUCUGAGGACUUCUGGUUAGCCCGUAAAGAGCAUCCAGGGUCGGAUGCGGUCAGGACGGCGGCCAUGGUCGCGACAGGACUUGACAGCCUGAGCUCUGAGGACGAGCGCGAGGCUCUCCGAGUCAGGAGAUGGCGACAUAAUCUCCAGAAGGUCCUGCUGCAAACGUCGCCAGCUGUGGCACUUGCGCCCGAGCAAGCACGCGACGUUAGCGGGUGGCUGAGCCAGGUUGAAGCGUACGACAAGAUGACUUUGUAUGCCCUAAACUACUCGAAGCUGGACAAAGUCCUGUACCGAAUAUCUCUACUCGAAGGAAGCACAAAGCUACGAGGAGACCCGUAUAGCAUCUCCACUCGCGCCCGCGCGCUGUCCGAGAGGUGGCAACCUAGCUCUUUACCCCGAACAUUACGCGAUGCUCAGACAGCUCGGUCACCCUACUUCCCACCAUCCAUACGGACUCUACAUCCUACACUCAGCGCGCUGAACGCCCAAUCACACACGAGCAGUCUCGAUCUACUCGCCGCUGUAUCGACUGCGGAGAGGAUGGCCACCCUGACGCCACAACCCCCACCCCCGCCGCCACCUCCUCGACGGAUACUCGUCUCUUCGAGUGCCCAGACCGACGAUGACAUUUCGAAUGGCGUCAAUGGAACACUCUCCCUCAUAGGGGAGAGAACGCGCGAUACGACGGCAAGCCCGGUACAAAAUGGCACUCGAUAG